AUGGUCAACCGACACGAUGAAACUGAUGUGCUGGUAAUCGGGGCGGGCGCUUCCGGCGCCGCUUUCACCUGGAGCCUCACCCUGGCCGGCAUCAAGGUUGUCUGCCUGGAGCAGGGCGGCUGGGUGCCGUUGGACGCCUUUCCCACCAGCGAGCCUGACGCGCAAAUCCGUUGGCAGACCGACUUCCACUCCAACCCCAACGUCCGCGGCUUGCCCGAGGACUAUCCGGUCAACGAGGCGGAGACGCCCAUUUCGCCCCUGAUGUACAACGCCGUGGGCGGCAGCACCAUCCACUGGGGUUCCCACUUUCCCCGCUUCCAUCCCUCCGACUUUGUCCUCAAGUCCCAGGACGGCGUGGCCGACGACUGGCCCAUGACCUACGCGGAACUUGAACCCUACUACGACCUGAACGACCGGAUGAACGGCGUCUCGGGCCUGCGGGGCGACCCGGCCUAUCCGCCCAAGCCCGAACGGCCCACGCCUCCCCUGGCCAUCGGGCGGGGUGGUGAACUGCUGGCCGACGCCUUCAACAAGCUGGGCUGGCACUGGUGGUCCUCGGACAGCGCCAUAGCCUCCGUGGAGUACGACGGUCGCCAACCCGAUACCGGCGGCACGCUGCGCUCCCUGGCCAGCGCCGACAUUAUUUACUGGCCCCGGGCCCUCCGCCGGGGCGCCCGCCUCAAGACCUUCUGCCGGGUACGGGAAAUCCUGGUAGACCAGUCGGGCCGGGCCACCGGAGCCCUCUACUAUGACGCCAACGGCAACCUGCAGGAACAGCGGGCGCGGGUCGUGGUGGUGGCCGGCAACGGCGUGGGCACCGCCCGCCUGCUGCUAAACUCCAAGUCUGCCCUGUUCCCCGAAGGCCUGGCCAACAGCAGCGGCCUGGUGGGCAAAAACCUGAUGCACCACCCCUGCGGCGGCGCCAUGGGCAUCUUUGAAGAAUGGCUGGGCGGCGAGGCCGGUCCCCGGGGCAGUUCCAUGCUGGGCCAGGAGUUCUACGAGACGGACCUGAACCGGGGCUUUGUUCGCGGGUAUGACCUGCAGAUUACCGGCGUUACCAGUUCGCCCCUGCCCACUGCCCUGGGCGGCAUCCAGCAGGAAACGGUGCCCUGGGGACAGGACCACCACCGUAUAUUCGGCGAACGUUACGGCCACACCAUCGGCAUCACCGUGAUGACCGAAGACCUGCCCGAGGAGAGCAACCAGGUAACCCUGGACCCGGUGUUGACCGACUCCCACGGCAUUCCCGCUCCCCGAAUCCAGUACACCGUCAGCGAGAAUACCGACAAGAUACUGGACCAUGGCGUGGAGCGAGCCAAGGAGGUGCUGGAGGCUGCCGGCGCCAAGGAGGUCUACACCUCGCACAUCCGGCGCAACGCUGGCUGGCACCUGCUGGGCACCGCGCGCAUGGGCGACGACCCCAACAACUCGGUGGUGGACCGCUGGGGCCGGGCCCACGAUGUGCCCAACCUGCUCAUCGUCGACGGCAGCAUCUUCACCACCGGCGCCUGCAUCAACCCCACUACCACCAUCCAAGCCCUGGCACUGCGGACGGCGGACUUUGUAAAGGGCGAGGGGAGCAGCCUGCUGGCGUAG